UAAAAUGGCCUCCCACGGGCGGCCGCGGUGACAAAGGCGCCGGUGCCCGGGGCAGCCCGGGCGGGGCGGGGCCGGACCCGCCUCCCUGCCCGCGGCUCCGGGGGCGGCUCGGGAAGGGAUGGGUGGCCGCGUCCCGGGAGCCGCAUGCCGGGAACCGCAUGCCGGGUGUGCCGGAGCCGCGGGGAGCCCCCAGGUAAAUUCUUGGUGCCUAAUCUUGAUGUCAUGACAUGAGGAGUUAAAAAUCCAGCCUGGAAAGACUACACAGGCAGAAAACCUGGAACAGGCCACAUGAAGAAGCACGUGGAGUUCAUUUUUAUGCAAAGAUGUUCUUUGGAGGACCAAGUGCAGCUUUCCAGCAGGCCCUGGGAGAUGAAGCCUUGACCACGUGAUAUUUUUUGGGAAGUCAGGUGCUGUGCUAAGCCAGCGUUGGUUUGUGCUGGGGACAAACAGCCGGUCCUUAACGCCACCAUGUCGACCGCGGCGAGCGCUCAGGCUCCGGAGCCACCGAGUCCUUCCCCCCUGGAAGAAAAGCCAAAGGGGAAAUCCCUGUUCCAGCUGGGCUCCCUCUUUGCUCACAGGAGUGAGAAGCUGGUGAUAGCUCGCAGUGACAGCGUGCCAGAGGAGAACGUCCUCAAGAUCACCAUCACGGAGACCACGGUCAUCGAGUCCGACCUGGGCAUCUGGAACUCCCACGCUCUCAUCUACCUCACCUUGUGGUUCUUCUUUAGCUUUUGCACUCUUUUUCUUAACAAAUACAUCCUUUCCCUGCUGGAAGGAGAGCCCAGCAUGUUAGGUGCUGUUCAGAUGCUUUCAACCACCUUCAUUGGCUGUAUAAAGAUGUUUGUUCCCUGCUGUUUGUACCAGCACAAAACCCGCAUCUCUUACCCCCCCAAUUUCAUCAUGAUAAUGCUCUUUGUUGGAUUGAUGAGAUUUGCAACAGUGGUGCUGGGCCUGGUGAGCCUGAAGAACGUGGCAGUUUCCUUCGCAGAAACGGUGAAAAGCUCUGCUCCCAUUUUCACUGUCAUCAUGUCUCGGAUGAUUCUGGGGGAAUACACUGGAUUGCUGGUGAAUCUGUCCCUCAUCCCUGUGAUGGGAGGGCUGGCUCUGUGCACAGCUACAGAAAUCAGCUUCAACAUCCUGGGCUUCUCAGCAGCUUUAUCCACCAACAUCAUGGACUGUUUGCAGAAUGUCUUUUCCAAAAAACUACUCAGCGGGGACAAAUACAGAUUUUCAGCCCCAGAGCUUCAGUUCUACACAAGUGCUGCUGCAGUGGUUAUGCUUAUUCCAGCUUGGAUCUUUUUCAUGGAUGUGCCUGUGAUUGGGAAAAGUGGGAGAAGCUUCAGCUACAACCAGGAUAUCAUCAUACUUCUAUUAAUAGAUGGAGUCUUGUUCCACCUCCAGAGUGUUACAGCCUAUGCCUUGAUGGGAAAGAUUUCUCCUGUGACUUUCAGCGUGGCCAGCACUGUGAAACACGCCCUGUCCAUCUGGCUCAGCAUCAUCGUGUUCGGGAACAAGAUCACCAGCCUCUCGGCCAUCGGCACUGUCCUGGUGACCAUCGGGGUCCUGCUCUACAACAAGGCCAAGCAGCACCAGCAGGAGACCCUGCACAGCCUGGCCAGCCCCCCCCAGCCCACACAGGCUCCCUCAGAGGACACGGAGCCGCUGAUUCCCAAGGAUUUGGAGCCCUACGAUUAAUAUGGCCACUUGUUCUUCCACCUGAGCAUAACUCAGAGGGACUCGUCCUGAAAGGGCUUGUUCUUCCAGCUGCUGAUGCCGUUGGGGUCCUUGGAGAAUCCUGGAAGGAUCCAGCCAGCCUUGAUCCCUUGCUCCUGGGACCUUCAGCAGGAAGGACCUGGGAAGGAUGUACUGAGAAACUGAUACCCCACCAGCCCUACAUGUGGGCUUUGGUGUCUUUCCUCCACUGCAGAUAACAAAUGAGCCUGUACUGGUGAAAGAACUUCAGUGGCUCGUGGGAAAGCAAUUCCUGCCUCCCUCCCCAUCAGAGGAAUGUGAAAACGUGGGCACUGGGAUGGAGUUGGGGCAGAACUGAAAUUCCCGGUUGGUACUCCCCAUUUCCUGCAUUUUGGGGCACCGAAACCUGCCAGAGCUCGAGGAGAGUUAGGACAACGCCCUCAGGGACAGGGGGGGCUUUUGGGGUGUCCUGUGCAGGGCCAGCAGUUGGACUGAUGGUCCUUUGCAGCUCAGGAUAUUCUGUGAUUCCAAGGGGGAAUCCCCUUCUCUCCCCACAAACAACUCACUGUGGUGUCUGUGUGGUUGGAGUGAGUCUGUGCCUCAGAGCAGUGGCGAGCAGCUGUUUCCAACUACAAAUCCGCAGAUGGAAACCGAUUUUUCUCCUAAAAUUUCGUUCUGAUCAUGCGUUGACAAAGCUGAAGUGCAAGUAUUCACGCACAUGCACAUACGUGGAGCGGUGAAUUAAAUACUUGCAGUUGCUUAGAGGUAAAAAACACUGAAAACUUCGGUGACAAAGGAAGCGGGAGCUCCGUAUUUCUCUAAGAAACCAUUUUAAUUUCUCGCAUUUUGUCAUGCAUUUCUGUUGUGAGGAAACAAAUGGAUGGGUUUUUUUUGUAUUAUUUCUAAGAGUGCAACAAAAUGCUGCCUUUUAGAAACUCAGGGUUAUGAUUCUGACCUGUGUGUAAAGUAUUUGUGUAAUUUCUGAUUAUGUAAAUAAUCUGAGGUAUCUGUGACAGAUGGAGCAGAGGUCACUGAAGGGAGGAACAUUAACCACAAACUGAGGCAAAUCUUUAUUUCUGCUGCUCUUAAUUGUUUUUUUUUAAGGAAACUCCGUUUUGUGGUAGAUCAAAGAUUGAAUGUUAACUUUCCUUUUCAAAAUUCUCAAGACUAGUGAUUAGUUUUGGCAAAAAAAAGCACAAGUAGCUACAAAAGCAUUCAAAUGGACUUUUUGGGAACAUAAUUAACAGUUCAAAUGAGCUGAUUUUAAUAAUUGCCCCUCUUCUGGAAGACUGUAGCAUGGAUAUAGUGGUGGUUAUGGUAAAAAAUAAUCGCUAAUAGGAAGUUUUCCAGUAGAGUUCCUGUGAAAUUUAGGCUCAUGGUUACAUUCCCACUUGUGAGGAAUUCCAGUGAAUGUGGAAAAGAUGUGUCCAAGAGCCUCUCUGGAGCAGCUGUCGCUGUUUCAGGAGUUUGAGCUGGUUUUGUCCCAUGCUCACUUCAGUUUGCAUUCCCACACCUGCUGACUGGGGCAUAUAUCCCCUGAAAAUGCCAGUUUUUCCUCAUUCUGUAUGUGAUGUGUCUGUGGUAUUUUGUUUCUUUUGUACUCUUUGUCACUUUUAUAAAAGCUGUGGACUGUGCCGUGGAGCUCUGUGGGGUGGGGUUUUUUUGUUUGUUUUCUGCCAAGUACACCGAGAUUUUUGAAAGUAUAGCUCCAAAAGAAAAAAAAAAGAAAGGAAAAAAAAAGGAGAAAAAAAAGUAUGGUUUGCAUCGUAUUUUGUUUGAGUGGGAGGAUUUUGGAAGUUGUCAUUUCAGGGCCUGAGUGGAGCCCCACCUGCCCUGUGGCAGCACAACCAUCCUGUUCUCCUCGGCGCUUGUUGACCUUGGGUGCUUUUCUGUGCCCUCUCCUCGCCCUCUGUUUUUAUGAGAUCAAACAAACCCAGCUCUUGAGUGCCCGCUUUGAAGACCUUUCCCUUCUCCGGCAGUACCAGUAAAUCUCCUUUGCUGCUGUGCAAACAAGGAGCGUUUUCCUCUCUGGGAAGAAUUCACGGCAAGUGUCGCGCCCCAGUUUGUGAUGGCAGCGGUUCCGUUUCUGCCAGAAAAUCCUCUUUCGGGACAUAUUUAGAGUUUCUUUCACUUCGUUUCCCACAGCCACAGUCAGGUAUUGAUGAGGAGGAGCUGGAGCUGUGAGGGUUAUUUGCUUUACUUCUGUCAAAUACAGAGGAACAGCACCUUGAAUGUGAAUUCCUUAAGAUGUGAAUUCCUUAAGAUGUGAAUUC